AUGGCUCUCCCACCCGGCUUCCAAACUAAAAAACAGGGGCAAGUUUGUAGGCUCCUUCGUUCACUCUAUGGUUUGAAACAGGCCAGCCGCCAGUGGAAUUCGCGUUUGAGCAAUGCAUUAAUGAGCAAAGGUUUUGAGCAGUCGAAGUCGGAUCCAUCUCUGUUCAUCAAAGGUCAAGGUAUGCAAUUUAUUGUCAUAUUGGUAUAUGUUGAUGAUAUCUUGGUAACAAGUCCUACUCUCAGUUUGAUUCAAGAGCUUAAGUGUUUCCUUGAUGCUACAUUCAAAAUUAAAGAUCUAGGCAGCUUGGGGUAUUUUUUAGGCAUUGAAGCUCACAUCAGUAAUGAACGAUUGAACUUGUGUCAAAGGAAGUAUGCCUUAGAUAUAUUGAAUGAGGCAGGGUUUCUAUCCUGUAAACCAGUAAGCACCCCUAUGGUACCUGGCCACCAGUUUCAGAAAGAGGGAGGUACUUUGCUUGAAGAUGCCAACAGUUAUAGACGGCUAGUUGGACGCCUCCUAUGUCUCACGGCCACGAGGCCAGAUAUUACCUACGCAGUACAACAACUCAGUCAGUUUGUGGAUACACCAACAAAUGAGCAUCUAGUUGCAGCACACUACGUCCUAAGGUACAUAAAGAAGGCUCUCGGUCAGGGGAUAUUCUAUCCCAGAAAUGGUGCAAUGCAAUUGAACGUGUUCUCCGAUUAUGAUUGGGCAACAUGCCCGGAAACACGUAAAUCAGUCACUAGCUUCUGCAUAUUUCUCGACUCUGCUCUAGUGUCAUGGAGAACGAAGAAACAAGCUACUAUUUCUCGUUCAUCAUCCGAAGCUGAAUAUCGGGCCCUUGCAGCUACUGUUUGCGAAGUCCAGUGGAUCACAUCAUUGCUUUAUGACUUGCAGGUUGAGUUGAUUAGGCAUGCUGCCAUCUUUUGUGACAAUAAAUCGGCUAUCGCCAUCGGGGAGAACCACGUCUUCCACGAACGAACUAAACACAUUGAAAUAGACUGCCAUAUCGUUUGUGAGAAAGUAAGCCAAGGAUUAGUCAAGCUUCUCUCCAUCUCAUCAUCUGGGCAGAUUGCAGACGGGUUCACCAAAGCUCUCCCCAUCUCCCUCUUCCAGAACUUUGUGUCUAAGCUAGGCACUCAGGACCUUCAUGCACCAGCUUAA